UUUACACUCGUGCGUUUUUUCUUGCGUUAGACGCAUGCAUCAUAGCGCACCGUGAGUUGAACGAAAAAGCUUGCAAUAGCGCAUGCCCUUUCAAGUUGAACGGCUACAUUUUAGUGACGCACGCUUCGACGCAAGGUCUCCCGCGCUCGGUGGGAAUCCGUUCAACACGCUGUGCUUUUUUGUAUUGUACUAUACGUAUAUUAAUAUUUUAGUAUAUACUGAUAUUAUUUUAUAUUUUGUGUGUAUUUGUUAAAAAAUGACUGAAAACGAAGAUCAAAAUCAAACAACACGAUUCAUUGACGAUUACAGAUCGUUUCCGAUACUAUGGGAUGCAAACCACAAAGACUACACAAACAAGAUUAAAAGAAACGAUGCCAUUGUCUCGAUAGGCACAAAAUUUAACAUGGACGCGGCGGCAGUAAAAUCAAAAAUAAAGAGCUUGCGAUCGUACUAUUCUAAAGAACGACAAAAAGUACUCAAGAAAAAAUCUGGUUCUGCCACGGAAGAAAAUUAUUCUUCCUCAUGGUUUGCGUAUAAAUCGCUACUCUUCAUUUCUGAUUCAACUACACCAAGGGAAACAAGGGAUAGCGAAGAACAUGAUAACCCGACAAGCGUUAACAAUAAUGAAAACGAUCUACAAAAUGAAGAAAUAUGUGACGAUCUGCAAAAUACUAUAACAGAUUAUGAAUUCGUACAGCCUAUAAGGGCAAAGAGAAAUUUAAAAAAAAGUGUUCGUGAUGAGAGAGAAGACGAGGCUUACAAAUUCAUGAAAAAAGCAGCUGACGAAAUGUCUGCAAGAGAUGAGUUUCGUACAUUCGGCACUUUUGUAGCGGAUAAUGUAAGGAAACUUAAACCCAUGAACCAAAUUUUGGCCAAACGUCAGAUUACCAACAUACUUAUGGAUUUACAAAUUAAAGAAAUGGAAACAUGUGAAAGACAACGAUUCAGGACUGAAUCGCCAGAAACCUCUGUUGGAACAUACAGUAGUGACACCCAGUCUUUCGUAUUUGACGAGUCAACAAAUCUUGCAGUAAACACAGUUGAUGAUUUGACUUCAAAUGACAACAUAGAUGCGUCGUUMAAAAUCGGCGAAUUUUUAUCAUUCAAUACAGCAAAUGAGAACAUUUAAAGUGCCUACCUACAUUUUUCAUUUUUCAUUCUCAUUUUUUUUAAAUGUAAUAACU